CGCGUUUGAACCAGUACGAGAGAGAGAGAGAGAGAGAGAGAGAGAGAGAGAGAGAGAGAUAUUGGAGCAGCGAGGGCCGUACACGUGUAGCGCGGCGGCAGAGAUGGAGGCGAGGUUGCCGUUGCUGAAGAACGGCGGGGGAGGAGGAGCGGCGGCGGUAGAGGAUGAGGAUUACUCGCCGGCGAGGACGUGGGUGGAGGUGAAGCGCGUGGUGCGCGUGGAGUCGGCGAAGCUGUGGAUGAUCGCAGCUCCGGUGACGUUCAACAUCAUCUGUCAGUACGGCGUCAACUCCGUCACCAACAUCUUCGUCGGUCACAUCGGCGAGGUCGAGCUCUCCGCCGUCUCCAUCUCCCUCUCCGUCAUCGGAACCUUCUCCUUCGGCUUCAUGCUUGGCAUGGGAAGUGCGCUUGAAACGCUUUGUGGCCAAGCAUUUGGAGCUGGGCAAGUCCACAUGUUAGGUGUUUAUAUGCAGAGAUCGUGGCUUAUCUUAUUUGUUGCGUGUCUCUUCCUUCUGCCCAUCUACAUAUACGCCACACCAGUCUUGAGAUUUCUCGGCCAAGCGGAAGAGAUUGCGGUUCCAGCCGGUGAAUUCACCCUCCUAACCAUUCCUCAACUCUUCUCACUUGCCCUGAACUUUCCCACGUCGAAGUUCCUCCAGGCUCAAAGCAGAGUCAGUGCCAUUGCUUGGAUUGGGUUUGUCGCCUUGGCGGUACACAUCCCUCUGCUCUGGUUCUUGAUCUAUGUUUUGGGAUGGGGAACUACUGGUGCUGCUUUGGCUUUUAAUCUGACGAAUUGGGGGAUUUCUGUCGUACAACUCGUAUACGUUGUCCGAUGGUGCAACGAAGGUUGGCAUGGAUUGUCGUGGUUGGCGUUUAAAGAUAUCUGGGCCUUUGUCAGGCUCUCCAUUGCAUCUGCUGUGAUGCUCUGUCUCGAGGUUUGGUAUAUGAUGAGCAUCAUCAUCCUUACUGGCCGUCUUGACAAUGCUGUUAUCGCCGUCGAUUCCCUCUCUAUAUGCAUGAAUGUCAAUGGGUGGGAAGCAAUGAUGUUCAUUGGAAUCAAUGCUGCUAUCAGUGUCCGUGUAUCCAACGAGCUUGGUAUGGGCAGACCAAGAGCAGCGAAAUACUCGGUAUACGUCGCAGUGUUUGAAUCACUCCUCAUCGGUCUGAUCAGCAUGGUGGUCAUAAUCGUAGCGAGAAACCAUUUUGCAAUCAUAUUCACAAACAGUGAACAACUUCAAAGGGCAGUUUCAAAGCUAGCGUACCUUCUUGGCAUAACCAUGGUUCUCAACAGCGUACAGCCUGUCGUAUCUGGUGUGGCGGUUGGCGGAGGAUGGCAAGCUCUAGUAGCUUAUAUCAACUUGGGGUGUUACUACGCUUUCGGCCUUCCCCUCGGUUACUUCCUCGGCUACAGAGCAAAUCUUGGAGUGAUGGGACUAUGGGGAGGAAUGAUCGCAGGAACAGCUCUUCAGACGCUGCUGCUUUUGUUUGUCCUCUACAAGACGAACUGGAACAAAGAGGUUGAGCAGACGACAGAAAGAUUAAGGAAGUGGGAGACGGGAUCCGACAAGGCUGUUGAUGUUCUUGCUUGACCAUCGAUUCAAUCCUCUUUCAAUGUUUCAUUAACCUUCUUCUUGGUUACGCCUCACUGUUUUGGACACUUUUAGGCGGUGAUUUUAAUCAAUCGUACUGGCUAUGGUCGUUUGAAUUGUAAUUGAAGUUUCCACAUUUAAUCGUGCUCGUAAAUUUUUGUUUUAUUUUUUUUC